GGGACGUCGUCGUGCAGGCGCCCACCCAGGUGCCCGGCUUCUUGGGUGACUCCGUGACGCUGCCCUGCUACCUACAGGUGCCCGGCAUGGAGGAGACUCACGUGUCACAGCUGACUUGGUCGCGGCAUGGUGAAUCCGGCAGCAUGGCCGUCUUCCACCCAACGCAGGGCCCCAGCUAUUCGGAGCCCAAACGGCUGGAAUUCGUGGCCACCAGACUGGGCACGGAGCUGCGGGAUGCCUCGCUGAGGAUGUUUGGGUUGCGCGUCGAGGAUGAAGGCAGCUACACCUGCGUGUUCUUCAUCUUCCCGCAGGGCAAAAGGAGCGUGGAUAUCUGGCUCCGAGUGCUUGGCAAGUGGUACACAGAUUUCCUCAGUCUCCCUGUCUCUGAACCUCUGUGUCCAUUUCCUGCAGACCCCCCAGAGGUAUCCUUCUCUGGCUAUGAUAACAACUGGUACCUCAGCCAGAAUGAGGCCACCCUGACCUGCGACGCUCGCAGCAACCCAGAGCCCACAGGCUACAACUGGAGCACGACCAUGGGUCCCCUGCCACCCUUCGCUGUGGCCCAGGGCGCCCAGCUCCUGAUCCGUCCUGUGGACAAACCAAUCAACACAACUUUCAUCUGCAACGUCACCAAUGCCCUAGGAGCUCGCCAGGCAGAACUGACCAUCCAGGUCAAAGAGCGACCUCCCAGUGAGCACUCAGGCAUGUCCAGUAACAUCAUCAUCUUCCUGAUUCUGGGAAUCAUGAUUCUUCUGACCCUCGUGGGGAUCGGGCUUUAUUUCUAUCGGUCCAGAUAUUCCUGUGAGUUCCUUUGGCACCAUCAUCUGUCUCCCUCGAGUGAGCAUCACCAGAGCUGCCAUAAUUGAGCACCUACUAUGUGCUGGGCUCUGUGCUGAGUCCUUCCCAUGUGCUUCUCACUGAAUCAUCACCCCACUGCCAUGAGGUUUCCCCCAUUUGACUGAUGACAGUGCAGAGCCAGGGAGUCUCGUUCACUGGUUCAUUUACAAAUCUUAUUUACAGAGUGGGA